AUGGCCCCAGAUGUCACGGAAGUGGCAAAUGCACUCGGGAACGAAGUUCCGUUUGAGGAGCCAUCCUUCAUGGCGAGUUUUAGACCUGGAAGCCAUGCAUGUUCCAGAAUUUCCAGAAAUAUGACUGCAGCAGAAAUUCCUAUUGUGGAAGACGGUAAAUUUGGCGUAGGUAUGGAGUUCAGUUCAAGAGAAGCUGUUAUUAAGGCGGUAAAAGACUAUAGCAUACGACGAAGCGUAGACUACCGGGUGUUUGAGUCUGAGCCGUUGACAUUUUAUGCCAAGUGUACACAAUAUGGGUCAGGGUGUGAUUGGCUUAUUAGGGUUAGCUUGAUCAGCAGGAGGUACUGUUGGGUUAUAAGGAGGUAUAAUGGUAGUCACACAUGUACUAGAGCCACCAUUUCACAGGAUCAUUCGAAGCUGGAUUCUAUCACAAUUGCAGAAGCAAUUAAGCCACUGGUUGAGGCGGACCCAGCAUUGAAGGUAAAAUCGGUUAUAACUGAAGUCCAAUCGAAGUUCAACUACACCGUCAGUUACCGGAAAGCAUGGUUGGCUAAGCAAAAAGCAGUUGAAAAAAUAUUUGGUGUUGGGAGGCAUCUUAUGAAACGUUGCCAAUAUGUUUCACAAGAUGGCAACAACAAUAUCGUCCCAAUUGCAUUUGCUAUUGUGGAGGGAGAGACCUCUGAUGCAUGGCAUUUUUUCCUUAGUAACCUUCGUCAACAUGUUGUAACUCGUGACGGUGUGGGACUAAUAUCCGACAGGCACGAAUCCAUAAAUGCGGCUGUGGAACGCAGUAACGGAGCGUGGUCACCUCCAAGAGCUUUUCAUAUGUUUUGCAUCAGGCAUAUAGAGUCAAACUUCUUGAGAAAGUUCAAGGCACCGUACCUCCAAAAAUUGGUCGUGAACAUUGGAUAUUCUAGGACGGUGCGGGAGUAUGAGGUGCGUUACGAGCGGUUACUGGAACGUGGUGAGGCGUACACAAACUGGUUAAACCGAAUUCCUCGCGAGCAGUACGCAUUGGCCUUUGAUGGUGGGUAUCGAUGGGGGCACAUGACAACGAAUCUUGUGGAGUGCAUUAAUUCAGUUUUGAAGGGUGCACGCAAUCUCCCCAUAACUGCUCUUGUGAAGGCAACAUUCUACAGGCUAAAUGAGUUAUUCACCCGAAAAAGAGCGGAGGCGGAAGCAAGGAUCAAUGCUGGGCAUGUGUUCUCUGAAAUCGUGACCUCCAAGUUGCAUGCAAACCAACUUGCAUCAGGAAAUAUUCAGGUUAGUUGCUUUGACCGCCAGAAUGAGGUCUUUGAGGUUCGGGAGAUGCCAAGUGGAAUGGAGUUUGCAGUCGAUCUACGUGGCCUACGAUGUGACUGUGGUGAGUUCCAGGUGGACAGGAUCCCCUGCAGACAUGUAUUCGCAUGUUGUGCCAACCAGCGACUGGAUUGGCAAAUGUAUGUACAUGAUGUGUAUAAGAUGGACCAAGUGCGGCGGGUGUACCGAGCAAGGUUUAGGCCACUGGGUAAUCCUGCUACAUGGCCUGCUUACAACGGACCUAGGUUCAUUCCGAAUCCGUACCUAAGACGGGUGACGAAGGGUCGUCCAAGGAUGACGCGUUUUCUGAAUGAGAUGGACACGCGGAUGUUACGUCGUCCUAGGAGAUGUACUUUAUGUGGGGCUGAAGGACAUAGUCGUAGCAGAUGCCGUCAGACAGGUGCUACGAAUACCAACAGAGGUGCCCCCUAG